AUGCCGUCCUUUGGCCUCGCCGGGUCGUCGCUCCCGGAGCCUCAGCCCGGCGCUGCCAGCGCAGACGGCCCCGGAUCCCUGCCCGUCGACCGCCGUCCCAAGAAGUCGUCCAUGACAUGCGCCGUCUGUCGCUUCCGCAAGGUUCGGUGCAACGGCGCGCGUCCGUGCUGUGGCAAUUGCCAGCGCCUGGGCUUCCCCUGCUCCUACGACGAUGCCGACGUCGACGCCUGGUCUCUCUCGCUGCCGCGGCGCCGUGUCAAGCAGGCCUGUCUGAGCUGCCACAGCCGCAAGGCGCGGUGCUCCGGCCACCUGCCCUCGUGUGAGCGGUGUCGCGUCCAGGGCAUCGAGUGUGUCUACCGGCCCAGCAAGCGCGCAAAGCCGUCGUCACUUACCAAGAGCCCCAACAGCCCAGAUCGAGAUUCAGACCGAGAAGGCGCCUUGACUGACCAGGCCAGCUCUGCCAGUCCUGGGCCGGAUAUCACCGAAGGCCUUUCUAUAGACGAAAGCUUCGACUCCAUCGUCAACCGCGCCUUCGACCUCUUCUUCCGCUACGUCCACCACAUGCCUAUGUUCACCUUCUUGCAUCGAGCUUCUCUUAUGGAGCAAUAUCAGGCCGGCAAAGUCGAAAGGCCUCUUCUGCUAGCCAUUGUCGGCAUCACAUCAUGCCUGACCAACAUGGGCCCCGGCAUGCGCGAAUAUGGCAAUCUCUGCAUCGAUAAAGCCGAGGCCCUUCUUCUCGCCGACUACAGCCGCCUGUCCAUUGUCAAAAUCCAGGCACUCGUCUUCGUCAUCAAGCAUCGAAUUCUCUGUAACAAGUUCUCCAGCGCCUUUGUCCUCCAUAGCUUUGCGUCUCGCUAUGCCACCGCGCUGCGUCUCAACUACGAGGCGCCACAUCUUCGUUUCCUGGCGCAGGAAUCUCGUCGACGCCUCAUGUGGGCCAUGUACUGCAUCGAUACCAGUGUCUGCGGCGGGUACCCCGACUUUGUCCUCUGGAGGGCCGACCAGAUCCAUGUGAGCCUGCCAUGCAACGAGCGCAAUUUCGAAUUCGAUCUGGCGCAACAUACCGAAAAGCUCGUGCCAGAUUCGCACCAGCCACGACCACCACUUGCCGAGGACGUGGGAACAUUGGCUCUCCACGCGCGCAUCUUAUAUAUCCGCCAGAAGAUUAUCGAGUUCACCAGGGUGGCACAAUAUGACCGCGGCAUGGAGCCUGCUGAGCUUCAAGGCCGAAUUCUUGCCUUGGACAAGGAGCUUAGCGAUUUCGCCGCCAACCUACCAACAUCUUUUCAGUUCUCCGAAAACUCCCUGCGCCUCCGCGCCUACUCCCCACGAAUAUGCGUCUUCGUCAUGAUCCACGUUUGGUGGCGCCAGUGCUACUGCGACCUCUACCGCCUAGCCUUGGCAGACGUGAACGGCGGGCUGCCGCAGUCUAUGCUGGAAAUGUUUGACCAGGCCUUUCUCGAUCACUGCCACAGGCAAUGCGUAGAUCAUGCCCUAGCCCUGACUCACAUAUUCUCGCUGAUACAAAAGCUCGAUGCCAAGCCGGUGGCGGAUAUCGACCUCGCAAUGUGUGCGUACCAGUGCGCUCGAAUGCUCAUGUACCUCUUCCAGCUCGAUCUCUUCAGCCGCUUUGGCAUCACGGCAGAGACAGUCAUGGAGCAGGCACAGCUCUGUCUGCAGACCAUCAAGGACUGCUGCGUGGGGCCCGCGGUGGACUGCAUCGUGACAGACCUUGAGAGGCUGAUUAGCCAAGGAAGAGCCGGCUCCAUCCAAGGCAAUAAUAUGUCGUCGCAGACGAUUCCUCCAAAUGCUCAGUUUGCAGAUGGGUCGGAUGUGAUGAACGCUUCCUCCUCGGCUGGCAUGCAGCCUUUCAGCUCGCCUGCCAAUGCUGCCAACAGCGCCGUCUCGCCUUUUACUCAUCCUGUCAUGACAGCGCCGUGGAUGUCAGAUAGUGGCUUUGCAUCAACCAUGGACCAGCAAACGCUGCCGCCCGAGAUGCAUGCUGCAGAUCCUAGCAAGGGCGAGACGCCCGAGCUAUCUGCACCCCGAUCAGACUACGCCCAGUCAGACCUAAACAACGCCUAUGACGGGGCCUUUGCAGGGCUGGGACUCGAUGACGGCUUUGAUUAUGCCAUGGGAGUGGACAUGAAUCUGUGGGCUACCAACGGGGGGAGCUGGAUGUCGCAGGGCUUUGGCAACAAUACCUGGCUGUGAAUAGAGAAAGAGGAGGAAAAAUAAAAUAUCAGAUAUUUACGGAUUAUGGUGUAUAUACAGAUGAUUUUACUCAGAAGCGGCACAACAUGCGUGUAUAUAUAGAUACCUUUUUG